AUGGUUGAAAAUGGGAAGGAUAAUAGAAGAAUUAGACAAAUGGAGGGAUUUGAAGAAGAUGAACUUAAAGAAGAGGAGAACGGAGUGGAAAAAGGAGUACGAUUAGAGAGCAGAAGGGACAAGAAAGGGGAAAGAGAAGAAGGUUCAGUUGUUGAAGGGUAG